GAACCCCCCAGCCAAGACAAACCCCGCAUGCCUAUUUAUGCCAGUGCGCCGGCGUGCGCUCGCAGAGGACGGGUUGGCCGCUUUUACGCGCCGGGAAUGGCGAGUCCUGCUGCUGCCCCAGCCUGAGUCAACCCACCGGGGGGAACCGACGCCAGGUGAAUGCGGCUCCCCGGGCUGGCGGCGCUGCUGGCCGGCUGCCUGCUGCUGCUGCUGCCGCCGGGGCUGCAGGGCUGCGGGCCGGGCCGCGGACACGGCCGGCGCCGCGCACCGCGCAAGCUGGCGCCGCUCGCCUACAAGCAGUUCAGCCCCAACGUGGCCGAGAAGACGCUGGGAGCCAGUGGGAGGUACGAGGGCAAGAUCACCCGCAGCUCCGAGCGCUUCAAGGAGCUGACAGCCAACUACAACCCCGACAUCAUCUUCAAGGAUGAGGAGAACACAGGUGCAGACCGCAUGAUGACGCAGCGCUGCAAAGACAAGCUGAACUCUCUGGCCAUCUCGGUGAGGAACGUGUGGCCCGGGGUCCGGCUGCGGGUCACCGAGGGCUGGGACGAGGACGGCCACCACUCGGAGGAGUCGCUGCACUACGAGGGCCGCGCCGUGGACAUCACCACGUCCGACCGCGACCGGAAUAAGUACGCCAUGCUGGCCCGGCUGGCCGUGGAGGCCGGGUUCGACUGGGUCUACUACGAGUCCAAGGCCCACAUCCACUGCAGCGUCAAGUCAGAUCACUCGGUGGCAGCGAAGUCCGGAGGCUGUUUCCCCGGCGACGCCUGGGUGAUGCUGGAGGGCGGGGCCCGCAGGCCCCUGAGCGACCUGCAGCCCGGCGAGCGGGUCCUGGCCUCGUCGGGCCACGGCGGCGGCGGCGAAGGGGACCUGGUGUUCAGCGAAGUCCUGACCUUCCUGGACCGGGACCCGGCCCUGCCGGCUCUCUUCUACUCCCUGCAGACCGAGGCGGGGGGGCGGCUCUCCCUCACCGCCGCCCACCUGGUCUUCGUGGCGGGGAACUGCUCCGAAGGGGCGGCGCCGGGCCGCGGCGCCCUCAGGGCCGUGUUCGCCAGCCAGGCCCGGCCGGGGCAGUGCCUGCUGCUGGCGGGGGGCCGGGGGGGGCCCCGCCUGUCCCGGAUCAGCCGGGUCGGGGUCCGGGUGGGGAGGGGCGUGUUCGCGCCGCUCACCCUGGAGGGGACGGUGGUGGUGGACGGCGUGCUGGCGUCCUGCUACGGCGUGGUGCCGCAGCACCGGCUGGCCCACCGGGCCUUCGCCCCCCUCAGGCUGCUGCACCGCUGGGCCGGCGGCACCGGGGGGCCCCGGGGGCCCCGGGGGGGGAUGCACUGGUACUCACGGCUGCUGUACUGGCUGGGGGGGAAGCUGCUGGACCCGGGAACCCUGCACCCACUGGGGGUGGCCCAGGGCCACACAUGA